AUGAAGAGGCAGUUGCACCGCAUGCGGCAGCUGGCCCAGACGGGCAGCUUGGGACGCACUCCGGAGACUGCUGAGUUCCUGGGUGAGGACCUGCUGCAGGUGGAGCAGCGCCUGGAGCCAGCCAAGAGAGCGGCCCAUAAUGUCCACAAACGGCUGCAGGCCUGUCUGCAGGGCCAGAGUGGCGCGGACAUGGACAAGCGGGUGAAGAAGCUUCCCCUCAUGGCUCUGUCCACCACAAUGGCCGAGAGCUUCAAGGAGCUGGACCCUGAUUCCAGCAUGGGGAAAGCCCUGGAGAUGAGCUGUGCCAUCCAGAACCAGCUGGCCCGCAUCCUGGCUGAGUUUGAGAUGUCCCUGGAGAGGGAUGUCCUACAGCCGCUCAUCAGGCUGAGUGAGGAGGAGCUGCCAGCCAUCCUCAAGCACAAGAAAAGCCUGCAGAAGCUGGUGUCCGACUGGAACACCCUCAAGAGCAGGCUCAGUCAGGCAGCCAAGAACUCAGGCAGCAGUCAAGGCCUGAGCAGUGGCCCAGGUAACUACAGCCACACCGCUGCAGCCAACAAGGUGGAGACGCUGAAGGAGGAGGAGGAGGAGCUGAAGAGGAGGGUAGAGCAGUGCAAGGACGAGUACUUGGCCGAUCUCUACCACUUUGCCACGAAGGAGGACUCGUAUGCCAACUACUUCAUUCAUCUCCUGGAGAUUCAGGCCGAUUAUCAUCGCAGGUCACUGAGCUCACUGGACACAGCCCUGACUGAGCUGAGAGAGAACCACAGCCAAGCAGACCCCUCCCCCUCGAUGCUGGCCACCCCCUUCUCCAGGGUGUAUGGGGUGUCACUGGGAACCCACCUGCAAGAGCUGGGCCGGGAUAUCGCCCUGCCCAUCGAGGCCUGCGUCAUGAUGCUGCUUUCCGAGGGCAUGAAGGAAGAGGGCCUCUUCCGUCUGGCCGCUGGAGCCUCAGUGUUGAAGCGCCUCAAGCAGACGAUGGCCUCGGACCCCCACAGCCUGGAGGAGUUCUGCUCUGACCCCCACGCUGUGGCAGGUGCCCUCAAGUCCUAUCUGCGGGAGCUGCCUGAGCCCCUGAUGACCUUUGACCUCUAUGACGACUGGAUGAGGGCAGCCAGCCUGAAGGAGCCAGGGGCUCGUCUGGAGGCCCUCCGCGAGGUAUGCAGCCGCCUGCCCCGGGAGAACCUCAGCAACCUCAGGUACCUGAUGAAGUUCCUGGCACGACUGGCUGAGGAGCAGGAGGUGAACAAGAUGACACCCAGCAACAUCGCCAUUGUCCUGGGGCCCAACCUGCUGUGGCCACCUGAGAAAGAAGGGGACCAGGCCCAGCUGGAUGCAGCCUCGGUGUCUUCCAUCCAGGUGGUGGGUGUGGUCGAGGCUCUGAUACAGAGCGCAGACACCCUCUUCCCUGGAGACAUCAACUUCAAUGCAUCGGGCCUCUUCUCAGCCCUCACCCCCCAGAACAUGGUCAGCGACAGGCAAGCCACUGAGGAGCUUCAACCCAUCGCCACGCCUACUCCAGCCACCACCCCGGCUCCAGCCUCAGUGGCUACCAAGGAAAGGACAGAGUCUGAGGCACCCCCAAGACCAGCCUCCCCCAAGGUCAACAGGACCCCCCCCGACACAGCUGCCCCAAUGGAGGAUAUGGCUCGGAGGACCAAGCGCCCGGCGCCAGCCCGGCCCACCAUGCCACCCCCCCAGGUCUCCAGCACCCGCUCCUCCCCUCCAGCCCCACCCCUGCCCCCUGGCUCUGGAAGCCCUGUGACCCCCCGAGCUCUGCCACGCCGUCUGGUUGGCAGCAGCCUCAGGGCCCCCACGGUGCCACCCCCAUUGCCCCCCGUUCCCCCCCAGCCUGCCCGACGUCACAGCCGGCGUUCACCAGCCUCCCCCAGCCCCGCCUCCCCGGGCCCAGUCUCUUUGAGCAUGCCUGCAGAGGGGGAUCUGGGGGUGGCCACAGAGGAGGGAGGGGCCCCUGAGGCUGUAGGUGGGAUCCCCGUGUCCCCAGCUGUCCUUCCUCAGCCCCGGCCCAGGAGCCUUGCCUCAGAGACAACUGAGCGGCAGCUCCUCCCUGACUAGCCCCCAGUGUCCCCUCCGUCCCCACUUUGUCCUCCCAGGACAGAGCCCUUGCCCCUCCCAAGUGGCAGGGUCCUCCAGCCUUUGCCCACAAGUGCCUCGGUGCCCGCUGG